GGCUGAAUCGUCCGCUUAUCCUCCCCCUCGAUAGAGAAGUCUGCGAGGAGUGCUGAGGUGCCCUUUCAUUGGAGCCAUCCGGCAACGCACUCGUCUCGUAGCACUUGAUCAGGAUAACCCGCCCUCGCACUCCCUCGCCGUCAUGAACGCCCCGCCCCGAUACGAAGCAUACGUCCUCGAAGACGGCGAGAAGCCUGUCGAGGUCAUCGAGGAUACCAAGAUCCCGAACGCGGCGACGAUCAAGAUCGUCAAGCAAGACCACACGCUCGCGAACAUGAUCCGCGCCGAGCUGCUCGCCUCGCCGCAGGUCCUCUUCGCCGGCUACAAGGUGCCGCACCCGCUCCAGCCCUACUUCCUCAUCAAGCUCCAGACGGACGGGAGCGUGACGCCGACGGCCAUCAUGGAGUCGGCGUGCACCAAGCUCAUCGGUCAACUGGUGACGUUAGAAGCGAAGUUCAAGCGCGAAUUCUCGUUCCGUGACGUCGAUGCCACCACCGCGGAGGAUCCAUACGGCACGGGCAGCGCCACGACUGCAUGGCAGCAGAAGGACUACAUGGACUUUUAAAUGCGAUUGUCUGCCUCUUCUGGUCUUUAUUUGUGAUAUGCUUCAUUGAUGCUGUGAUAAUUCCUGUAUCUUUAGACCUGUACAAUAUUGAUUGCGGUUCAGUAUGACCUGCGAACAAUCU